AUGUCGACUCAAUCAGGUAUAGUGUCAUCAGAAGAACUCUUAGAUGCAUUCAAGAACUUCAAAAGUGGUGCGUUGGUAAUUAAAGUUUCAUCUGACAAUACACAGCUAAUUGUUGAUGAAGAAUUUCAAUCUACGGAGACAGAUACAUCAAAAAUUUUGAUAGAAUUGAACAAAUAUGUUUCGGGAAUAUACCCACAUCCAGUCUAUACUAUAUUUUCGCUUUCAUCACCUCUGAAUUCUAAUGCAGAUUAUGCUUUCAUUAGUUUUAUCCCUGAUGUUGCACCAAUUCGUGAAAAAAUGCUUUAUGCAUCCACUAAAAAUACGCUAUUAACUCAAUUGGGAUCGAACAAUUUUAGUAAAUCUCGCACAUUUGCUUGGACAGAGUUAGACGAACUUAGUUUUGAUAAUUUCAAACGCUCAUCUGAGGUGCAAGAGGAUGGUCCUUUAACCCAUGAAGAAAAGACAUUAAAAGAAGUCAAUUCGUUACAGGGUUUAUCAUUAGCUGAAUCAAGUGCUAGAAGAAACAAUGAUACUGCUUACAAGAAGAAGUUGGCAUCUAUGCAUGAAUCUUCUUCGUCAAAUGGAGGUGUAUUGAUGUUUAGCGUUGAUUCGAAGUUGGAAUCUGAAUUCAGGGCAUUGUCUCAAAAUCAUGAUAACGGGAAAUUAAUAAUAUUUGGUAUUAAUUUGGAAAACGAAGGCAUGGAAUUAAUUUCAGAGACUACAGGCGUUAAUUCGUCAUCUUUAGUGAGCAACUUAAAUUCUGCAAUUGAAACACGGUCUGUUCAUCCGCUUUUUGCGCUUUACAAUUAUUCCACUAAUAGAUUUGCAUUCAUAUAUUCAUGUCCUUCUGGUUCUAAGGUUAAGGAUAGAAUGGUUUAUGCCUCAAAUAAGCAAGGCUUAAUUAAUCACUUAAGGGGCAUUACCGAUUCUGAUGAAUUACUGAUUGACAAAAUUUUGGAGAUUGGAGAUUUAGAUGAAUUAGAAGUGAAGGAACUUGAAAGCUCGCAGAAUGAAGAUAAAGACAAGGCUUCUAAUACAAGAAAUGGCUUGAAAUUUACUAAGCCGAAGGGACCUCGUCGUAGGUAG